AUGGACAGAUAUGAGGAAGCAUUGAAAACGUAUGUGCUACGUCCAGAGCAGAAAGGCAAAGCAAUAGCGCAAGUACUGCGCCAAUUUGGCUCAUAUCUUGGUAAUCGACAAUCGAUCCUCCUUUCUAUCCAUCGUGAGAGACGUAAUGAAAAGUCGACAAGGAGAUUAGUGCGCCGCCUCCUUGAGGAGAAUAUUACUCUUCCAUGUCUUGCAGGAAGUAACAAUUACGAGAGAGUUAACUGGAGACUCGGAGGACAUGGAGUUUGCUUCACUAUUCACGAAAUCGCCGAUUUGGCUGGAUCUGGACAUCGUCGAUAUAUUCUUGCUAACAGAGGUGACGUUACUUUUCGUAUUAACGGAUAUAGAGUGGCACCAGGAAGUGCCGGAAUUGUCUAUGGAGGCAAACAUAUACUGCGCUAUUCGGACUACACUU